AUGAUUGGAAUAAAUCGAUUGAUGAUAUCACGAAUACUUCCAUUGGCUCGAAGCUCGGUUAUUAGAAUACCGAAAAGAAAUACCUCUGGAUAUUUCGAUGCUAUUCCCAAACUACCAAAUUUCAGGUCAGGAAGACGAAUGUAUCAACCAAUUAUAAAUCAACUAAGAUACAACUCAACAUCUACCACGACCGCUCCAGAAGGUUCUAUCAUAAACGAACUACCUUCUACUGAAAAGGAUAAAAAACAGAAAACUAAUAUUAGGAAAGAUGUUGCCAAAUUGUUAAGAUUGGCAAAACCAGAAUUUAGGACCUUAAUAUGGGCAUUAUUAUGUUUAUUCGUCACUUCUGCUACUACAAUGACGUUGCCGUUAUUUAUUGGAAAGAUUAUAGAUACUGCCAAACCAGUAGAGGGUGAAGAUACCAAAGAAGAAAAAUCUCCGGAAUCUAAGAAAGAUGAACCAGUGAGAAUUUUUGGUCUUCCUCAAUAUCAAUUCUAUACGGGAUUAGGAAUAUUAUUCGUAAUUGGUGCCAGUGCCAAUUUUGGUAGAUUAUUCUUAUUAAGAUCAGUAGGAGAACGCUUAAUUGCAAGAUUAAGAUCUAGAUUAUUUCUGAAAAUCUUAGCUCAAGAUGCGUAUUUCUUUGAUGUAGGUCCCACCAAAACUGGUAUGAAAACUGGUGAUUUAAUUUCUAGAAUUGCUAGUGAUACACAAAUAAUUUCCAAGAGUUUAAGUAUGAAUAUCAGUGAUGGUAUGAGAGCGGUUAUUAGUGGUUGUGUUGGAUUAUCUAUGAUGUGUUUCGUGUCGUGGAAAUUAACCCUUUGUAUGAGUAUGAUGUUCCCACCAUUGAUUGUUAUGUCUUGGUUCUAUGGAAGAAAGAUAAAGGCGUUAUCGAGAUUGAUUCAAGAGAAUGUGGGGGCAAUGACUAAAGUAACUGAAGAAAAACUUAAUGGGGUUAAGACCAUUCAAUCAUUUUCUCAACAACUUUUGAUGGUUAGGAAUUAUAAUGAAGAAAUUAAGAAUAUUUUUAAUAGUUCAAUGAGAGAAGCAAAAUAUUCGGGAUUUUAUUAUUCUGUUAAUGGAUUUAUUGGAAAUACUACUUUGAUUGGAUUAUUGGUUGUUGGAGUUCAAUUGGUUGGAUUAGGAGAAUUGACAAUUGGAGAUUUGUCAAGUUUUAUGAUGUAUGCAGUAUAUACCGGAUCAUCAGUCUUCGGAUUAGGGAACUUCUAUACGGAGUUGAUGAAAGGAAUCGGUGCCGCAGAAAGAAUUUUUGAAUUGGUUGAAUAUCAACCAAGAAUACCUAUUAGAUUAGGUAAAAAAGUUGAAGGAUUAAAUGGAGAUAUAAAAUUUGAAGCUAUCAAUUUUACAUAUCCAUCAAGACCUGAUUCUGAAGUAUUUAAACAUAUGAAUCUUACCAUCAAAAAGGGUGAGAAUGUUUGUCUUGUUGGACCUUCAGGGUGUGGGAAAUCUACAGUAAGUCAAUUGCUUUUAAGAUUUUAUGAUCCUGUUAUUGGAAAUGUAUUUAUUGGAGAUGAAAAUAUUCGUGAUUUGAAUUUAAAUCAUUAUCGUACACAAUUGGGAUAUGUACUGCAAGAUGCAUUUUUAUUUAGUGGUAGUAUUAAAGAAAAUGUCUUGUUUGGAAAAGAUGAUGCUACUAAGGAACAAAUUGAAAAGGCAUUGGUAAUUAGUAAUGCCAAAUCAUUUAUUGAUAAUUUACCUCAUGGAUUAGAAACACCUAUUGGAGGAUCCAAUUCGACUCAAUUAAGUGGAGGUCAAAGACAAAGAGUUUCAUUGGCUAGAACCUUAAUUCGUGAACCCAAGAUUUUGAUUUUGGAUGAAGCUACAUCUGCAUUAGAUUCUAUUAGUGAAGAAAUGGUAAUGAAGAAUUUACAACAAUUAAAUAAAGAACAAGGUAUUACUAUAAUUUCAAUUGCUCAUAGAUUAUCUACAAUUAAAGGUAGUGAUAGAAUAGUUGUUUUCAAUCAAGAUGGUGAGAUUGUAGAAGAUGAUUCAUUUGAUAUUUUAUUUAAUGAUCCAAACAGUGAAUUUAAUAAAUUAUUAAAGAAUAAUAAGCUUGAAUAG